AUGUUGGGCUUCUCAGGAGUUCAAGUUAUGUACAUCACCUUGUCCUUUCUUCUUUGUUCUGAAAGUUCCCAUUUAAGAGCAGCAAUUAAUAUACACUGUGCUAAGUAUAAUUCUGAAGAAUGUUGUACCAAAGAGUAUAUUCCAGUCUGUGGAACCAAUGGCCAUACUUAUGCUAACAAAUGCAUUUUCUGUAUUGCACACAGGUACUUGUUUGGGAGGUUUCUUUUACCUUCAUACUUCUCUGUUUACGAGGACAAACUCUCUCUAACAUCUUUCUAA